GGGCAGCCCCCGCGCGCUGACAGGCUCAGGCCCUGCCUACAUGGCGGAGGCAGAGUCACCCCCCGCGCAGACAGGAAGCGGCUCCCCAGCGACCCAGGCCCAGUUACCAGAAAAAGCACCCGAAGAUGCUCAUAUGACAGAAGCCAUCUGGCAAGUAGCAUGAGCUGGCAGGGCUCUGCACAGAACGAAGAGGUCACUCUCAGCCCCAGCCUGAUGCGCAGAGCUCUGAGUGCUUUGUGACGAGCCCUUCUCGGAGGAGGGGACCUACAGAAACCUUCCACUUGUGCACUCCUGGAGAAUGAGCCCUCCCCUGCGUGUGGCUCUCCCAAGUCUGUGUGAGGGGAUUUCACUCCAAGAGGCUGCUGACGCAGCAGGGCUGUGCUGGGAGAAUGGUCUGUGCCCAGGUGGAAGCGAGCCCUAGGAAGCACUGGCAGAAGGUGCUGUAUGAAAGGCAGCCCUUCCCAGAUAACUAUGUGGACCACCGGUUCCUGGAAGAGCUGCGGAAGAACAUCUAUGCCCGCAAGUACCAGUAUUGGGCAGUGGUGUUUGAGUCCGGGGUGGUGAUCCAACAGCUGUGCAGCGUCUGCGUCUUCGUCGUCAUCUGGUGGUACAUGGAUGAUGGGCUGCUGACCCCACAGUGGCUGUUCGGGGCUGGCCUGGCCUCUUCCCUGAUUGGCUACAUCCUGUUUGAUGUCAUAGACUUGGGGGUGGGGAGGAAGGAGAGCGGUCGGACCUGGUGGGCGGACCUGAAGAGCACCCUGGUGUUCAUAGCUUUCACCUACGGCUUCUCCCCAGUGCUGAAGACCCUGACAGAGUCGAUCAGCACAGACACCAUCUACGCCAUGUCGGUCCUUAUGCUCCUGGGGCACCUGAUCUUCUUUGACUAUGGGGCCAAUGCCGCCAUCGUCUCCAGCACGCUGUCCCUCAACAUGGCCAUCUUCGCCUCUGUGUGCUUGGCCUCCCGGCUGCCCCGCUCCCUGCACACCUUCGCCAUGGUCACCUUUGCCAUCCAGAUCUUUGCCCUGUGGCCCAUGCUGCAGAAGAAGCUCAAAGCGCGGACACCCCGCUGCUAUGUGGGGGUGACCCUGCUCUUCGCCCUGUCUGCACUGGCCGGGCUGUUGACCAUCUCGGGCGUCGCUGCCCUUCUCUUCGCCCUUCUGUUGAUCUCCAUUUCAUGCCUGUGUCCUUAUUGCCUCAUCCGGCUGCAGCUGCUCAAAGACAACAUUCAUGGGCCUUGGGAUGAAGCUGAAAUCAAGGACGACCUCUCCAGGUUCCUCAUGUAGACUCAUCCAGGACACACGGCGGGCGGGCAGGACCCCACUGGUGCUAUCGGAACAAAGACUUCUGCAUUGGAGACGAUCUCCUGCGUGACGGAAUCUCAGAGAAGUUGUGGGGGAGGUUGCAGUGUUAUAACAGAGCCUCUUCUCCCAGAGUGAGACAAACUGCUUGGUACAUACUGGGAACUUUUGUCUCCCCAGUGUCUACGUGUAUCGUUCUCGCUCAUUAAUACUAGCUGAGCUCCCACCGUGGAAGCCUGGCAAGAGCACAAGUAGACAGAGGACUGUAGGCAGAUGCCACCAUUUUAUCCACCACAUCACCUGCUCAGAGCAGGUCUCCAUGAUGUACAUGGCACUUAAUGCCAACUAUAGGGCAAGAGCGUCUUCUCCUCACUAGCGCUGCUGUUGGCUCUGCUGCUUGGGAAGCUGAAUUAAGGGUAGCAUUAGUGGGGAAUGUUUUAGCCAAAGUUUACUGGUGGAGAUGAGGCCCACUGGACUUGCUGGGUAUUUGGAGAGCCGCUUUCAAAAUCUCUUUGGCAAGCUGGACUUUCUGGCUAUUAAAAGCAUCCAAUCCCUCAAA